AUGGCCUCGCCGAGCGCCGCCACGCCGGCGGCCGCCACGCGCGCCGAAGACGCGCCGCCGCCCGGCCACCGGACGCCGGCCGCCGGUCCCGCACACAAACCACCCGGCGCGUCGCCCGCCGCCUCCGAGAGCCCGCUGCGGCCCGGCAAGGAGAACAGCACGCCCGGGAGCGACGAGCGGUCCGCGACGCUCGCGCUCGCGCGCGAGAAAUACAACCGCCGCGACUUCGCGGGCGCCUUGGCGUGCUGCCAGGCGGCCGGCUGCGCGGACGACGACGCGAUCGACAGCCUCCUCCUGCUGGGCGCGGUCCACUUCCAGCUGGGCCGCUGGGAGGACUGCGCGCGCCACACGCUGCGGUGCAUCAAGCGCGCGCCGGGCGUCGCCGAGUCCUAUUCCAAUCUAGCGAACGCGCUCAAGGAGCUCGGCGAUCCCCGCGGCGCGAAGCGGCUCUACCUCAAGGCCAUCGCGCUCAAGCCGCGGUUCACGGACGCCUACAACAAUUUGGCAUCGGCGCACCUCCACCUCGGCGAGACGCGGGAGGCGCUCGAGACCUACGAGGCCGCGCUCCUCGUCGAUCCGAGUCUCGCGGAGACGCGGUGCCAUUUAGGCCACCUCCACCGCGCCGCGGGCCGCCGCGACGUCGCCGAGCACUGCUACGCGGAGGCGCUGGCCUGCGCGCCGAACCUCGCCGCCGCCUGGUGCGCCCUCGCGGCCAUCUACAAGGAGCGGGGCCGCUUGGACGACGCGGCCGCGUACUACCGGGAGGCGAUCCGCCGGAAGCCGUCGGCCUUCGACGCGCACUCGAACCUGGGCAACGUGCUCAAGGAGCAGGGCAAGGUCGACGCGGCCAUCGCCGAGUACGCGCGGGCCAUCGAGCUCAACCCGGGCUUCGCCGUCGCCCACGGCAAUUUGGCGUCGUGCUACUUCGAGAAGGGCGACCUCGAGCGGGCCAUCCGGAUCUUCAGAGUCGCGCUGGACAUCGAGCCCAACUUCCCGGACGCCUGCAACAACCUGGGCAACGCCCUGCGGGAGCACGGCGAUUUAGAGGAGGCCAUCGCGUGCUACCGGCGCGCGCUGCUGCUGCGCCCGGACCACGCGCACGCGCACAACAACCUCGGCAACGCGAUGAAGGACAAGGGCCUCGUCAACGAGGCGAUCCAGUGCUACGCGACGGCCGUGGGGCUGGCGCCGCGCUUCGCCGCGGCCCACUCGAACCUGGGGCUCGUGCUCAAGGAGCGGGGCACGGUCGACGACGCGCUGGCGCACUACCGCGAGGCCAUCGCGGUCGACCCGCAGUUCGCGGACGCCUACAGCAACAUGGGCAACGCCUACAAGGACCUGGGCCGCCUGGACGACGCCAUCCGCUGCUACGGCGAGGCGCUGAAGCUGCGGCCCGACUUCGCGGACGCGUGCUCGAACCUGGCGGCCGCGUACAAGGACGGCGGCCGCCACGCGGAGGCCGUCGCGUGCUACCGGAGGGCCCUGGAGCUCAAGCCCGACUUCAGCGACGCCUUCUCCAAUCUGGCCCAUUCCUUGGUGUUCGUCUGCGACUGGAGCACGCGCGCCGCGGACUUCGAGCGGCUGACGCGGAUCGUCCGCGACCAGCUCGCGGCGGCGAAGCCGGCCGCCGGCAACGUGCCGUCCGUGCAGCCCUUCCACACGCUGGUGUAUCCCGUGUCCAUCUCCGACAUGCGAGCGAUCGCGGAGCGCUACGCGGACCGCGCGGCGCUGCAAGCGGCGGUCCUGGGGCUGCCGGAGCCGCUCUGCGACCGCCUGCGGCCCGAGGACGCGUUGCGACUAUUGCGGGAGACGCCCGACGGCGCGCGCUACGGCGACGCGCCCGCGCCCGGCGACGGUCGGCUCCGUCUGGGCUACUGCUCGUCGGACCUCGGCAACCACCCGCUGGCCCACCUCAUGCAGUCCGUCUUCGGCAUGCACGACAGGUCCAAGUUCCACGUGACCUGCUUCGCCCUCAGCGGCCACGACGGGAGCCCCUGGCGGCGGAAGAUCGAGGCCGAGGUCGAGCGCUUUGUGGAUUUGUCCACCGCGUCGCCGCGCGACUGCGCGCUGGCGAUCCGCGCGCGGGCCAUCGACGUCCUCGUCAAUUUAAACGGCUACACGAAGGGCGCGCGCAACGAGAUCUUCGCCCUGCGGCCGGCGCCGAUCCAGGUGUCCUACAUGGGCUUCUGCGGGACCCUGGGCGCGGACUACGUGCAGUACGUCGUCGCCGACGCCGUCGUACUGCCGCGGGACCACGCGCGCCACUACUCCGAGAAGGUCUGCCGCGUGCCCCACUCCUACUUCGUCAACGACCACGCCCAGUCCGCGUCCUACAUCUUCGACGCCGCCGCGCUGCCGAAGCGCGCGGACUACGGCGUCCCGGAGCGCGCGUCGUUCGUCUUCUGCAACUUCAACCAGAUCUACAAGAUCGACCCGGGCAUCCUGGACGUGUGGUGCCGCAUCCUGACGCGCGUGGACGGGUCCAUCCUGUGGCUGCUGCGGUUCCCGCCGACGGGCGAGGCGAACAUCCGCGCGGAGGCGCGGAAGCGCGGCGUCUCGGACGAUCGGAUCCACUUCACGGCCGUCAGCGCCAAGGACGAGCACAUCAAGCGGGGCGUGCUGGCGGACCUGUUCCUCGACACGCCCCAGUGCAACGCGCACACGACGGGCUGCGACAUCCUCUGGGGCGGGUGCCCCAUGGUCACGUGCCUCGGGGGAAAGAUGGCGACGCGCGUCGCGGCGUCGCUCCUCGGCGCCGCGGGGCUCGCCGACCUCGUGGCGCCGGACCUCGGCGGCUACGAGGAGCUCGCCGUGGCGCUGGCCACGGACAAGGAGCGCUACGCGGCGGUGCGGCGCCGCGCGGAGGCGUGCCGCGCGGGGCCGAGUCGCGCGCCGCUCUGGGACACGCUGCGCUGGGUGCGGAACGUGGAGCGGGGCUACGGCGCCAUGUGGGCGACGCACGAGGCCGGCGCGCCGCCGGCGGACAUCGACGUCGACGACGUCGGCGCCGACGGCUUCGACCGGACCGCGUACGCGCCCGCGGCGCUCGGGCCCCUUCCGCCGCCGCCGGGCUGCCCGGCGCGCGCGGCGCCGCAGCCGCCCCAGCGGCCGCCGCAGCCCAUCCAGCCGCCGGGCCUCGCGGCCCUGGGCCCCGUGGGGCCCCACGUCGCCGGCGUCCUCUUCCCGCCCGCGCCGCUGUUCCCGCCGCCGUUCCCGGCCUACGGCGCCCAGCUGCGCCAGCCGACCUACUUCCUCCACCAGGGCAACGCCGUGCCGCCCCAGCGCCUCCCGACGCCGCCGGCGCACUACCUCCAGACGCCCAACGCGGGCUUCGCCCUCUACCCGCCCGCGGCCCUGAACCAGACGGACCACGUCUGGAGCCCGCGCAUGCACCAGCCCGUCUUCGCGACGCGGCCGCCGCCGCGGCUCCCCGGCGAGUACGCGCCCUUCGGCUAA